GCCAAAAGUGCUCUGACCACGAACAACAGCUCUUACAGCUUUGCUUCUGCCACCUCCUUCCCAUCCCUCACCCUCGAAUCUUCUUCUUUUCUACCUCUCCUUGAAUUUGCUUUAUUUUACACAAUGCGGCCGCAGUUGUUUCGUGCGGCCGCCCGGUCUCUCCGGGUUCCAAACGCCAGUUAUCCCAGGACCUUCGCGACGACAACCCCUCGCGCUGCAGAGGUGGAACUCACAAUUGAUGGCAAGAAGGUUUCGGUAGAAGCUGGCUCCGCUCUUAUCCAGGCCUGCGAAAAGGCAGGCGCCACAAUUCCAAGAUACUGCUAUCAUGAAAAAUUAUUGAUUGCAGGAAACUGUCGUAUGUGUCUUGUCGAAGUCGAGCGAGCACCGAAGCCUGUGGCAUCGUGUGCCUGGCCCGUACAACCUGGAAUGAAUGUCAAAACCAGCUCCCCGCUUGUGCACAAGGCGAGAGAAGGUGUUAUGGAAUUCCUCCUCGCUAAUCAUCCCCUCGAUUGCCCUAUUUGUGACCAAGGAGGAGAAUGUGAUCUUCAGGACCAGUCGAUGCGUUAUGGUGCUGAUCGCGGGCGAUUCCAUGAAGUCGGUGGCAAGCGUGCCGUCGAAGAUAAGAACAUUGGACCAUUGGUCAAAACAUCUAUGAACAGGUGCAUCCACUGUACUCGUUGUGUCCGCUUCAUGAACGAUGUUGCCGGUGCACCAGAGCUUGGAACCACUGGCAGAGGGAAUGAUAUGCAGAUCGGCACUUAUUUGGAAAAGAAUCUCGACUCUGAACUCUCCGGAAAUAUUGUCGACCUCUGCCCCGUCGGUGCUCUCACAUCAAAGCCUUACGCUUUCCGGGCUCGUCCAUGGGAGCUGAAGCACACAGAAUCCGUCGAUGUCCAUGACGCCCUGGGCUCCAACAUCCGGAUCGACACCAGGGGUAUGGAAGUUAUGCGGAUUACCCCAAGACUCAAUGAUGACGUUAACGAGGAAUGGAUUAAUGACAAGUCCCGGUUUGCGUGCGAUGGCUUGAAAACCCAGAGACUUACAACGCCUUUGAUCCGCAGGGAGGGAAAGUUUGUUCCUGCCACGUGGGAACAAGCUCUCACUGAGAUAUCCUCGGCUCAGGAGAAGCUUCAAAUGAAGGCCAACGAAUUUAAAGCCAUUGCUGGACAUCUUGUCGAUGCGGAAUCACUUGUGGCCAUGAAGGAUCUGGCCAAUAAACUUGGUUCUGACAAUCUUGCUCUCGAUCAGCCUGGUGGCAGUUCGCCUGUUGCACAUGGUAUCGAUGUCCGUUCCAACUACCUGUUCAACUCUAAGGUUUCCGGAAUCGAGGAAGCAGAUGCCAUUCUUCUGGUUGCCACCAACCCCCGCCACGAAGCCUCCGUGCUCAAUGCUCGCAUCCGUAAGCAAUACUUACGCUCUGAUCUCGAAAUCGCUCUUGUUGGAGAGAAAUUUGACAGCACUUUCGACUUCGAGCAUUUUGGGUCUGAUGUUUCCUCCUUGAAAGCGGUCCUGUCUGGACCCUUCGGAGAAAAGCUUGCUUCAGCUAAGCGACCCAUGAUCAUUGUUGGCAGCGCUGCAGCCGAGCACCAAGAUGCGAAGGCCAUCUUUGAAACGGUUGGUAACUUUGUGGAAAAGCAUGCGGGCAACUUCAAUACCCCUGAGUGGCAAGGUUACAAUGUACUGCAGCGUGCAGCAUCUCGUGCAGCUGCCUACGAAGUCGGUUUCACUACACCCUCUCCAGAGGUUGCUCAAACCAAGCCCAAGAUGAUUUGGCUCCUUGGUGCCGACGAACUCGGUCAGAGCGAGAUUCCAAGUGAUGCAUUUGUUAUCUACCAAGGCCACCAUGGAGACCGCGGUGCCCAGUUGGCCGAUGUUGUGCUUCCUGGUGCAGCAUACACUGAGAAAUCCGGCACUUAUAUCAACACUGAGGGACGGGUUCAAGUAACUCGCGCAGCUACCUCUCUGCCUGGAGCUGCCCGUGAUGAUUGGAAAAUUAUCCGCGCAAGCAGUGAAUUCCUUAGUGCCCCACUCCCCUAUGAUGACAUUGAGAUGCUCCGUGAUCGCAUGGAAGAGCUCAGCCCUGUUAUGCGUCGGUAUGACGUUGUCGAGCCAGUUUCUCUGAGUUCAUUGAGCAAGGUUCAACUGGUUGAUCAGAAUAAGGGCUCGCAGGCAACUGGGGCUCCAUUCAGCAAGGUCAUUGAGGACUUCUACUUUACGGAUUCCAUUUCCAGGAGUUCACCAACUAUGGCUCGCUGCUCGGCAGCCAAAGCUAUUGGAAACCCCGAGACAAACUUCAUGGCUGCUGGUGAAAUGUCCCCACAGGCUUUGUAUGGCUGAACCUAUAACACCCUGAGUGGUGGUCGCUUUAUUCAUGUUUCUCUGUUGGUCUAGGCGUUGUCGUUGUACCACCUAAACAUCACUGUGUUGUUCUAUUUCCGUUUUAUCUUUUAUUUUGAUUGUUUUCCCUCUAUCUCUUUUUCUAUUGUGCCUCACUAUCACCACCUGGGUUCAACAAUUUGAACUAAUCAGUAGUGGUGAACUUGUACAUAAGAUUGAGACAAAAAA